CGACCUGACUCUUUGGAAUGGUGAACUAUGACAAUGUAGUGGACACGGGCUCCGAAACAGAUGAGGAGGACAAGCUUCAAAUUGCCGAGGAGGACGGGCUGGCAAACCCUCUGGACCAGGAGAGGAGUCCAGCUGGCGUGCCCAACCAUGAGUCCUCCCCGCACGUGAGCCAAGCUCUGCUGCCCAGAGAGGAAGAGGAAGAGGAGAUAAGGGAGGGUGGAGUGGAACAUACCUGGCACAGCAGCGACAUUCUGCAAGCCUCUGUAGAUGGUCCAGAAGAAAUGAAGGAAGAGUAUGACACUAUGGGGCCGGAAGCCAUGAUCCAGACCACAAUUAACAAUGGUACAGUUAAGAAUGCAAAUUGCACAGCAGACUUUGAGGAAUACUUUGCCAAAAGGAAACUGGAGGAACGCGAUGUCCACGCGGUCAGCAUCGAGGAGUACCUUCAGCGCAGUGACACCGCCAUCAUUUACCCAGAGGCCCCCGAGGAGCUGUCUCGCCUUGGCACGCCCGAGGCCAAUGGGCAGGAAGAAAAUGACCUGCCACCUGGAACUCCAGAUGCUUUUGCCCAACUGCUGACCUGCCCCUACUGCGACCGGGGCUACAAGCGCCUGACAUCCCUGAAGGAGCACAUCAAGUACCGCCACGAGAAGAAUGAGGAGAACUUCUCCUGCCCUCUGUGCAGCUACACGUUUGCCUACCGCACCCAGCUCGAGCGGCAUAUGGUGACGCACAAGCCAGGGACAGAUCAGCACCAAAUGCUGACCCAAGGAGCAGGUAAUCGCAAGUUCAAAUGCACGGAGUGCGGCAAGGCCUUCAAAUACAAACACCAUCUGAAAGAACACCUGCGAAUUCACAGUGGUGAAAAACCGUACGAGUGCCCAAACUGCAAGAAACGUUUCUCCCAUUCCGGUUCCUACAGUUCACACAUCAGCAGCAAGAAAUGUAUUGGUUUAAUCUCUGUAAAUGGCCGAAUGAGAAAUAAUAUCAAGACGGGUUCUUCCCCUAAUUCUGUUUCUUCUUCUCCUACUAAUUCAGCCAUUACCCAGUUAAGAAACAAAUUGGAGAAUGGAAAACCACUCAGUAUGUCUGAACAAACAGGCUUACUUAAAAUCAAAACAGAACCACUAGACUUCAAUGACUAUAAAGUUCUUAUGGCCACACACGGGUUUAGCGGCACUAGUCCCUUUAUGAAUGGUGCACUUGGAGCCACCAGCCCUUUAGGAGUUCAUCCGUCCGCUCAGAGUCCAAUGCAGCACUUAGGUGUAGGGAUGGAAGCCCCUCUACUUGGAUUUCCCACAAUGAAUAGCAACUUAAGCGAGGUACAAAAGGUUCUACAGAUUGUGGACAAUACGGUUUCCAGGCAAAAAAUGGACUGCAAGGCUGAAGAAAUUUCAAAGUUGAAAGGUUAUCACAUGAAGGAUCCAUGCUCUCAACCUGAGGAACAAGGAGUUACCUCUCCUAAUAUUCCACCUGUAGGUCUUCCAGUAGUGAGUCAUAAUGGUGCCACUAAAAGUAUUAUUGACUACACAUUAGAAAAAGUCAACGAAGCCAAAGCUUGUCUCCAGAGCUUGACUACUGACUCAAGGAGACAGAUCAGUAAUAUAAAGAAAGAGAAGCUACGUACUUUAAUAGAUUUGGUCACUGAUGACAAAAUGAUUGAGAACCACAGCAUAUCCACUCCAUUUUCAUGCCAGUUCUGUAAAGAAAGUUUUCCUGGUCCCAUUCCCUUGCAUCAGCAUGAACGUUACCUUUGUAAAAUGAAUGAAGAGAUCAAGGCAGUCCUGCAACCUCAUGAAAACAUAGUCCCCAACAAAGCUGGAGUUUUUGUUGAUAAUAAAGCCCUCCUCUUGUCAUCUGUACUUUCUGAGAAAGGAAUGACAAGCCCCAUCAACCCAUACAAGGACCACAUGUCUGUACUUAAAGCAUAUUAUGCUAUGAACAUGGAGCCCAACUCUGAUGAACUGCUGAAAAUUUCCAUUGCUGUGGGCCUUCCUCAGGAAUUUGUGAAGGAAUGGUUUGAGCAACGAAAAGUCUACCAGUAUUCAAAUUCCAGGUCACCAUCACUGGAGAGGAACUCCAAGCCGUUAGCUCCCAACAGUAACCCUCCCACAAAAGACUCUUUAUUACCCAGGUCUCCUGUCAAACCUCUGGACUCCAUAACAUCACCAUCUAUAGCAGAACUCCACAACAGUGUUACGAAUUGUGAUCCUCCUCUCAGGCUAACAAAACCUUCCCAUUUUACCAAUAUUAAACCAGUUGAAAAAUUGGACCACUCAAGGAGUAACACUCCUUCUCCCUUAAAUCUUUCCUCCACAUCUUCUAAAAACUCCCACAGUAGUUCUUACACUCCAAACAGCUUCUCUUCUGAGGAGCUCCAGGCUGAGCCUUUGGACCUAUCAUUACCAAAACAAAUGAAAGAACCCAAAAGUAUUAUAGCCACCAAGAACAAAACAAAAGCUAGUAGCAUAACCUUAGACCAUAACAGUGUUUCUUCAUC